GCUCUUCCUCUCUGCUCAACAAUCAACGCCCAAACCAUGGCUUUCAAUGGAAAAUGGGAAACCGAAUCUCAGGAUGGAUAUGCAGAGUUCUGCAAACUGAUUGGUAUCCCUGAUGAUGUCAUCUCAAAGGGCCGUGACUUCAAGCUUGUGACAGAGGUCAUCCAGAAUGGAGAUGAUUUCACAUGGAUCCAGUACUACCCAAAUAACCAUGUUGUGACCAACAAAUUCAUCGUUGGCAAAGAGAGUGACAUGGAGACUGUCGGAGGGAAGAAAUUUAAGGGCACAGUCUCCAUGGAAGGGGGCAAGCUGGCCAUAAGUUUCCCCAAGUACCACCACACAUCUGAGAUCAGCGGUGGAAAGCUGGUGGAGACCUCCACAGCCACCGCCGCUAGUGGUCCAGUUGUUUUUGUACGUACAAGCAAGAAGAUCUAACUGCAUUAUUGAGAUAAAUGACCAUGUUCUGCUCUGACCUCUAAUUUACUUCAAUAAAGUGU